GUUUCAGAGCUGUCACACUGAACGUCCUUGGACAGCAUUUUAACAAGUAAAGGACAAGAGGAGCAGCUCAAAGCCACCCAGCAUGAAGCACCUCCUGCUGAUAUCUCAGGCUCUAGCCUCUAGAUCUUUCUCCACAACAGUCAGAAACCAGUUAAAAAACAAAGUGCCGGAAUAUCAGAAGAUCUUUCAGGCAGACAAUGAUCUCCCCGUGCACCUGAAGGGAGGGACAGUGGACGCUGUGCUCUACCGCAUCACCAUGGCAAUCACAGUCGGAGGUACCUGCUUCUCACUCUAUCAUUUAUUUCAGGCUGCUCUGCCUCGAGGAAAGAAAUGAGGGAGAGUGGGGAGCCAAGCAGGGCCGGUCGAAGCUUUGCCUUCGAUUGCAACUCUGCUGAAAUGAAGGAAACCAACAGUCAUCCCGUGUGCCAUAACCACUGUGUUCCCAUUUGUGCCUGUGGUUACCAUUAAAAUGUCGUUAAAGGAA